AUGGAGAAAACUUCUAUUUUAGAAAGACUGCGCCAGUUCGAUGCAUACCCCAAGACGCUAGAAGAUUUCCGCGUGAAAACUUUUGGCGGAGCUACAAUUACAAUCCUUAGUGGACUGCUGAUGACUGUCUUGUUCCUGUCAGAGUUCAACUAUUAUCUCACAAAGGAUAUCCAACCAGAAUUAUUUGUUGACACCACCAGGGGCCAGAAACUCAACAUCAAUAUCAACGCAACUUUUCCAAAAAUACCAUGUGCAUAUCUGAGUGUCGAUGCCAUGGACGUGUCAGGGGAACAGCAACUAGAUGUGGACCAUCAUCUAUUCAAACAGCGACUUGACGAGUUUGGCAAUAUCAAAGAUGACAAGCCAGAAAAAGAAACAUUAGGAGAUACAUCUAAAGACAUUGUAGAGAUGGUUACAAAACCUCUUGAUCCAAGUCGAUGCGAGUCUUGUUAUGGAGCCGAAACAGAUGAUAAAAAGUGUUGUAACAACUGUGAGGAUGUACGAGAGGCAUACAGGAAGAAAGGCUGGGCAUUCAACAAUGCUGAAGGAAUUGCACAGUGUAAACGAGAGGGCUGGUCAGACAAAAUGAAGUCACAGAAAAACGAAGGAUGUCAGGUAUAUGGGUAUCUGGAAGUCAAUAAAGUAGCCGGUAACUUCCAUUUUGCUCCAGGGAAAAGCUUUCAGCAACAUCAUGCUCAUGUCCAUGACCUACAAGCUUUUGGUGGACAGAAAUUUAAUAUCACACAUAACAUCCAGCACCUUUCCUUCGGUAAAGAUUAUCCUGGCAUCAUCAAUCCGCUAGACGAUACAAACCAGCUGGCUGAGGAAGAUCAAAUGAUGUUCCAGUACUUUGUGAAAGUAGUCCCAACAACAUAUGUUAAAACUACAGGAAAGACAUUAUAUACCAACCAGUAUUCUGUGACAAAACAUUCCAAGGUGGUAGGAGCAAGCACAGGGGAAUCUGGUCUUCCUGGUGUAUUUGUCAUGUACGAGUUAUCUCCCAUGAUGGUUAAAUAUACAGAAAAACAUCGAUCAUUCAUGCACUUCCUGACUGGAGUUUGUGCCAUUGUAGGAGGCGUAUUUACUGUUGCUGGCCUCAUUGACUCCAUGGUGUAUCAUUCAGCUAGAGCAAUACAGAAAAAAAUUGAUUUAGGAAAAGCCACGUGAGAGGGAUGAUAGUAAUUUUAUCUUUGUUGAUUUUUAGAGGGAAAAUGUAGUAUGAAAAUGAGAGUGGAAUGUAAAUAUGGUACAAAUUGUUCAUUUUUGCAUAAGGAAUCACUUCUUACUUGAAAUUCAUUGUUUUCAAUUUUAUUUCAUCUGGUCAACCUGAUAUAAUUAAGUCAUAUCUUAACUUUCUCUAGUAGUGACAAAUUCAGGAAUUUGCUAAUUGAUACCUCCUGACUUUUGAUCAUGAUAUUAUUAAUUCAAAACCAGGUUUCAGGAAAUUUAGAAAUAAAAAACAUGUUGAUAAAUAAAGCAUAAAAAAUUAAUUGCUUACAGAUAUAACAAUACAAUUGAUAAGGAUGUUUUACUUAAGAAAAUAUAUUUCAAUCUGGAUUUUAAGGGUUAUCCUGAUACCAUUUGUUAAUGUUAUUUUAUAUUCCAUCACUGGAGUCUCAUAUACUAUAUAGUUUAAUAAAACUUUGCUUGAUUAACUCCCUAAUUUCUCCCAGCAGUAAAGAUUAAUUUGUUAAUCAUUAAUAUUUUAUUCAGUUUAUUCAGGUAAAAGGCAUAUGAUAUAAACAUAAAACACAUGUAGACAUCAAAAUAUAUUAAGAUACAUUAACACAAUGUUAUAUACGUUAAUAAAGAUUAUUAUUUCGGCACUUAAAUUAUAUAAUUUAGAUUAUCACAAGAAAUAAAUGGCUGAUGACAAGUGAUUCAGCAUUCCAUACCUAUUUCAUUACUUUAUCUACAGUUCAUGCUUUAUCUACAAUACUUAUCAUGCUCAAUACUCCGGAGGUUAUGUUCACUUUGAUCCCCUGGAAUAUAUGUCAUGGUAAAAUGGAAGACAUAUGAGUGAUAAUUUGAUUGGAGCCAGGAAAAGGACAUGAUUAUUGGCUAAGUUGAUAUGCUUCCUUAGUAGAUUACAGAGAACAAUGAAGUACAAAGCUAGUCAAUACAACAGUAUAUUUACAUUCCUAAUGUGGUUUGCUGAUAUGAACAUACCAAGUGAAAACAACAAACAUAUGACCAUGAAUACACUAUGAAAACUGUAUGAAAACAUUGUCUCUCGUGCAAAUCACCUGAUUAAUCGGGUCAUAUUAAUACGCCAUCGACAUUAAGACAGGAAGAGUAGCUUCCCUUGGAUCAAUAAAGUUGGUACGAGAUAAGUGUUUAAAAUAGCUGAUUUGAAUUGAAUGAUUGUAUUUAAUAUUAUUUUUACUUUAAUACUUCUUUCUUUUUGUUUUAUACAAAAUUAAACAAAAAAGAACGGAAAAUGCGGAACGACAUUAAAACAAUGGCGUGGUGCAUAGGCGGGAUCUCCCGGCUGUUCUAAUAAUUUGGCGCUUCGUCGUAUACAUGACAAAUUUCUUUUUAAUAAAAUUUCUUGUUUUCUCUAUAUAAAUUUUUUAAAUCAAGGUUAUGUAAAUAUAUAAAUUGAAUAGAUUUUUAACAUUUUCAUUGAAUACCAGUAGCUAUAUAUGGUGACAUCAAUAUUAGUAGGAUUUACAUCAACGGAACAAACAAGUUUUUUAGUUUAUCCACAAGAUGGUGGUGACUGAGUCUUUGGUUUUUUCAUGACAUACAAUACUUCUGGGAUGCAAAGAGUUAAAGUGAACAUAACACCUGAAGGAUCAAGGAUGACAUCUAUAUUAAGUAAGAAUAUGAUAUAUUUUAUCGGUAUGUGAUGGAAAGCUAUAUGUUUGCCUGGGUUUUUCGGGGGUUUAUUAUAUAUAAACAAAUAAAUUUAAUUACAAUAUAUAAUUUACUGUUGGGAACCUUGUUAUCUAAACAAACUAAUGGUUUUAUGUUUUAAAUUUCAUAUUCUUUAGAUGACCUACAUUGUCAGAAACUCGUGGUGGAUUGCACUACACUACACUACACAUAUAGACUAGUGUCACUACGCUACACCUGUAGUCCAUUGUCACUACGCUACACUACACGUGUAGUCUAUUGUCAGUCCUCUACACUACACAUAUAGACUAGUGUCACUACACUACACCUGUAUUCUAUUGUCACUACGCUAUGCUACACAUGUAGUCUAUUGUCACUACACUACAUAUGCAGUCUAGUAUCACUACUCUACACUACACCUGUAGUCUAUUGUCACUACAGUACACAGUACACCUGUAGUCUAGUGUCACUACACUACACUACACCUGUAGUCUAUUGUCACUACACUACACUACACCUGUAGUCUAUUGUCACUACGCUAUGCUACACAUGUAGUCUAUUGUCACUACACUACAUAUGCAGUCUAGUAUCACUACUCUACACUACACAUGUAGUCUAUUGUCACUACACUACACCUGUAGUCUAUUGUCACUACUCUACACUACACCUGUAGUCUAUUGUCACUACACUACACAUGUAGUCUAUUGUCACUCCUCUACACUACACCUGUAGUCUAUUGUCACUACACUACAUAUGCAGUCUAGUAUCACUACUCUACACUACACCUGUAGUCUAUUGUCACUACACUACAUAUGUAGUCUAGUGUCACUACUCUACACUACACCUGUAGUCUAUUGUCACUACACUACACCUGUAGUCUAUUGUCACUACACUACACAUGUAGUCUAGUGUCACUACACUACACUACACCUGUAGUCUAUUGUCACUACACUACACUACACCUGUAGUCUAUUGUCACUACAAUACACUUCACCUGUAGUCUAUUGUCACUACACUACACUACACCUGUAGUCUAUUGUCACUACACUACACCUGUAGUCUAUUGUCACUACAUUACACAUGUAGUCUAGUGUCACUACACUUCACUACACCUGUAGUCUAUUGUCACUACACUACACCUGUAGUCUAUUGUUACUACAUUACACAUGUAGUCUAGUGUCACUACACUACACUACACCUGUAGUCUGGUGUAUUGCAAUCAACUGUGAUUAUCCGAUUUUGGUGACAUAUGGAGGGAUUCAAUAUUAUUUCUUUUGCAAAAGAUUAUCUGAAAAUAAGCGUUUGUAAUAAUAGAUUUCUGACCAUGCUAUAAAUCAUACAACUCUCGUUAAUUUGGUUUCUUUUUUACCAUGUAUUCAUCUGGAAGGAUAGGUAAUUAUGAAUCCGUUUUUCUUUACCUUUCGUUUGAUUAAAAAAGCAAAAAGCAAAAAAAAAAAAAAAAAA